AUGAUCCAGCACAGCAACAAUUCUCCUGCAACGGCAACAAUUCUCCUGCGACGCAACAAUUUCCUGCGACGGCAACAAUUCUCCUGCGACGGCAACAAAUCUCCUGCGACGGCAACAAUUCUCCUUGCGACGGCAACAAUUCUCCGCGACGGCAACAAUUCUCUGCGACGGCAACAAUUCUCCUGCGACGGCAACAAGUCUCAUAGACGGCAACAAGUCUCAUACAGUACUGAUGGCAUGCAGGUUCCUAUUGCAAAGUGA